AUGGCAAAUUCCAAUGACAAUGAAUUUAUCUAUUUUAUCAAGCUUCUUGAUGAUCAGAAAGAAAAAUAUUUUUUAAAGAGCACCAUCGACGAGCAGAAUCAUACGAUCUUAAUACAUUUAACAAAUCUGAAACAAAGCUGGGUCGGAGUUAUUAAUCGUGAACAAGUUCGAUUACUCGCCAAAAAAUUCCCAUCCGAAUCCGCUGACUCAUUCUAUUCACAUACGCAACGUGCUUUCUCCAAGGGAAACAAAGCAGACGCAGAUGGGAAAAGUUAUGUCUUCAACUGCAAGAAAUUGGACAAGAAUCGGAUUGAGUUCAUUUGGAAAGAGAAGAUCGAUGCGCUGAAUUCAUUAAAAAUUAUCGGUAAUGUCGAAUUGGAAGAACGACCCAAUGACGAAGUUCUGUCAAAAAUGAUGGACUAUACUAUUGAUCAAAUGGAUAUGUUACGAUCAGCUAAUGAACAAAAAAUAUCGGAAAUUAAACGUACUGAUGAACAACUAAAUAAGGCAUUACAAACAAUCAAAGAAACAGUUGAUUUAAAGGAACAAUUGGAGGCAGACCUCUACCGCAAGUUUGUUUUGGUGUUAAAUACAAAGAAAGCUGAAUUAGCCAAACUCAAAAAUCAAAUGAAUACAUUCAGUCGUGGUCAUUCAACCGCAAAUCUUGGUGAAGAAUCGUACGCGGAUUCUCAUUCGCGAAGUGUUUCGCCAGUUCAAUCGACAUUGAAUGAGAAUGAGCCCCGGUCAACAACCAAACGACGUCGAAAUCAAUCCAAUAAUACAAACACAAGCGAAGAGGAAGAUGUCCGACAAACCCGACCGAUGACACGAUCUAGAUCAAAAAAUAUGAGUAAUACACAAGAAAGUUCACUGGAUUUAGGCAACGAUCAAAUGGAUUACAAGACAUCAACUAUAGAUAGACAUCCUCAACGACGAAAAUAUAUUGCGGGAACUAAUUCAAUAUCCAAACGUCCAUUUGCUACUCAUGGACGUACUUCAUCCGCAAUGACUUUACCUUCAUUACCUGAUGACUCGCAAACAACCGAUGACUUAUUAAAUAAAAUAUAA